GAGCAAGAUAAAUUCGCCAAAUUGCUACUCGGCAUCAUCUUAGUUAAUACCAGCAUUUAUCGCAGAGCCCAACAGCAUCUAACUUACUCUCGGUCCUCUCAAUCCCGGCUUCAGACUUCUUAGCACCAUAUUCAGAGGUUCUUCAUCCUCUUGUUUUUCCUUCCUCCCGGGAGGGCACCUUCGUAUUAUUCGGAAAUAACGAGAAGUCGUCACAUAUUAUGCCGCCCUCAGCAGACCUUCCUAACGGCAGCGUGCCGGUAGACUCGCAAUCCCCACCCUCCUCCACCCCCAAGCCAGUAAUUGUCGGCCUUUACGGGGUUCCAGGGUGCGGAAAGUCGUAUCUCUUGGCUCAACUCAAGAAAGAGCUUGACACAUGCCUCUUCGAGUUCUACGAGGGUUCCGAAGUGAUCAGCUCUCUUACUCCAGGCGGUCUCGUUGCUUUCCAGAAAGCAACGGAACAAGAAAAGCUUAGGUGGCGCCAACUCGCCAUCGACUCCAUCGCAGAGGGCUGCGCUGCCACAGGCCGUGUGGGAGUGGUUGCCGGCCACUUCAUGUUUUGGAACGAAGGCGACACUACUGGGGAGAUGGUGUAUACACAGAAUGAUAUGGAGAGGUACACGCACAUUCUGUACCUGAACAUCAACCCCGAUGUUGUCUGGAGGCGGCGGUCGGGUGACACCAAGAGGAGCCGCUCGCGGGUUUCAGUCGGACACUUGCACAGGUGGCAGGAAGCGGAGAAGCUUCGGUUGCGUCAACUGUGCCGCGACAACGGCAUACUGUUCUCACUAGUCUCGUCCGAGUCAGGACUUCUCCACACUGUCGCAGCGUUGCUCCAUGACAUUCAAUGUCAUACGGAACAGCUGAACCUUUCCCGCGUCAUCUCAAAGCUGGAUGGCAUACUUGCCGGCGCUAACCGCCCGCUGCACACGAUGCUAGUGCUGGACGGAGACAAGACGCUGGCGGCCGAGGACACAGGCAGUCUCUUUUGGAAGAUAGCUUCAGAAAUCUAUCCAACGACUACCGAGGACGAGGCGCUGAAAAGGUUAUUUAGCAGCCGCCUUGGGUACUCCUACAGCGGUUUUCGGCAGGCGGCCUUACUUUACGAGGAGACGUUCUCCGAGGAAGAGUUUGAUUUGGUCUGUGAGAAAGUCGCAUCAGCCGUGACUCUGCGGUCGGAAUUCGCCUCACUUUUGCGAGCAGUUGAGGAGCAGAACCAGGUUUGCGCCGUGGUUGUGACGUGCGGGCUGGGCCGCGUAUGGGAUAAGAUCCUCGCGAGGGCAGGUCUGGCCGGGGUGAAAGUCAUCGGCGGAGGACGUGUCGCAGACGGUUGCGUCGUCACGCCAGAAGUCAAGGCUUCCUUGAUCCGCCAUCUCCAAGUGGCUUAUAAGUUAUGCGUGUGGGCUUUUGGAGACAGCCCCUUGGACGUGCCGAUGCUGUCUCAAGCGGACAAGGCUGUCGUGGUGGUUGGUGAAGAGGGAUCGCGAAGCAAGUCUAUGGAUGCCGCCUUGCUGGAAGCUGUGAGCCGCGGCGGUCUCCAAGCUCGUCAGAUGUUAGUACCGAACAACGUGCCGCCGCGGCUGGACAUCGACAAACUUCCCUUAAUCGACCUAUCCGUUCCAGAGUUUAUCCGUUCUAUCGUCUCAGACGGGCACGGUAAAUCGAGUCCCGGGCUUCGAUUCGACCAUGCUACAACAAGAAGAUCGGCGCAACUAUUGAUGACGCCUAUGCGCGAUGGCACAAUUUCUGGCCCCCGCCUUAGAAAAUCCCACCAGGACGUUGGUUGGUAUCUGGCGACCGAGUUUCUAACCGAAGUCAUCGGGAUUGAAGAAUACCCCAUUCGGCAUGUCCAAGGGAAUACCACCAGCGGCUACCGAUUGCGUAGCGAGCAGAAGACCCUCAUCGUGCCGCUGAUGCGUGGUGGAGAAGCUAUGGCCCUCGGUGUCAACGAGGCCUUCCCCUUGGCCCGUUUCGUCCACGCAAGUCGGCCCCAUGACAUCGGGCACCAGCACGUGCAGGACAUAUCCAACAUCAUUCUUGUCGAUUCCGUCAUCAAUAGCGGCAAGUCGAUCGUCGAGUUCGCAAGACACGUGCGAGGCUUAUGCCCAACGGCCCGCAUCGUGGCGGUGGCCGGCGUCGUUCAGAACCGGUCCGUCUCGCGAGGCGGCCUCGUCUACGAAUACGCCUGCGAGGCAGGGCUCGAGCUCGUGGCCUUGCGCAUCUCCGACAACAAGUUCACUGGAAGCGGCGGCACUGACACGGGAAAUCGUCUCUACAACACAACACAUCUCUUGUAAUAACGGAAGAAAGGCUCGCCUGCUCCGAGAUGGACUUUAGAACGGGUGGCGGCAUAAAGUACAAUGACUAAUUAAGGCAAUCAAACAUCGAAUGGUGCUUAUCUGAGCGGUUCAGGAUGGGGGAUUUACGUGUGCAGCUGGCAGAGAAGUUUCGGAGUGCAGGGAUGGGUUGAUCCCGCGUUGAGCAAGUGGUGUGGCGGGGUGCCAUUGACAGUUGAUCGAGAAACCAACUAGGAAAAUUAUGGCAUCCCGUAUGAGUAUUAGAACUAGCCGCCAAAUAGUAUAACCACUGCCCACCCGCUUAACGCAUGAUUAACCCGUCAGUAGCUCCGAAGCUUGCGGCUUUCUACGUGACGAUCGCCGUCUGCGCCCCCAAGAGUAUGCU